GACCCAUCACAUAGACAAGAAAAAAAAUAAUGAAUGAAUGAAUGAAUGAAUAAGCUGUUGAACGAGUUGUUGGAUCAGUCAUAAUUGAUUUGUGAGGUGUUGUGACCGAGUCGAUGGAUGAGUGGUUGGACCAGAAUAGCAAUCACGAGCAAUGCCCGGCGAGGGUCUCGUGACUCCCUUUUCAACUCACCAACUCACCAACUCACUCCGCCUCGCUGCAUCUCCUUUGCCUUUGUUAUGCAUCUCGGUCGGAGUGACUGCAGAUCGGGUCUCCUCCGAGUCUCUCUCGGGCAGAGAGACCCCGAGUGUCAUCCAGUGUUCCAUCGGACAGCAAAUGGAAGGAAAGCUUGACUCCAACUGCCAGACUUCCCCGCGCAGUCUAGACUCCACCUCCUCCCCUCCUCCACUCUCCCACUUCUCCGCGCCAAUGGAUGCCUCAUAUCACUAUCGCGGACUUCGUUGCGAUCAAUAUCUCGCAGCUCGGCGAAUGUCCUACUGCUCCAAAUCCACCCAUCCCCAAGAGGAGAACUGUUGAUAAGAUGUAGUGCAUGAUGAGGGAAGGCCUCUAUUUAUUCGAGGAACUGGCCAGGCUCCGGCUGCCCAUACCCGACGGAUGACUUUCACAAGCACAUCGGUGACUCUCGCUUUUUUUGACUCUUGCUGAUCUUGUUCCGACCUCAAAAUGUCUCUGGCUGAGUCCCAAUACAUAAUUCAGCUCCCCAAGACGCCCUCCAUAAUUGGCACUCCUCACCACAGGC